UUACAUCACGUGCCAGCGCUUUGUCCUCCUCCUGUCUUCGUUCUUAUUCAGGGGAACUCUCCGUCCAGCGGCAGCAAUGAUCUGCUUGUUUCUGGCCACAUUCUCCUACAUCUUCCGGUCAGCCUGGACCGGUGAGAACGAGCGCACCUUCAUCGCCGUGAAGCCCGAUGGCGUGCAACGGAAACUGGUGGGGGAAAUCAUGCAGCGCUUUGAGAAGAAAGGGUUCAAACUGGUGGGCCUCAAACUUGUGCAGGCGUCAGAGGACCUGAGGGAACACUACACGGACCUGAGGAGCAAACCGUUCUUCAAAGAGCUGGUGAACUACAUGAACUCUGGACCAAUCGUAGCAAUGGUGUGGGAGGGUUUGGACGUGGUCAAGACGGCACGUAAGAUGCUAGGAGAGACCAACCCCGCUGACUCUCUGCCCGGAACCAUCCGAGGAGAUUACUGCGUGGAAGUGGGACGGAACGUGAUCCACGGCAGCGACUCGGUGGAGAGCGCUCAGAGGGAAAUGUCUCUGUGGUUUCGAUACAACGAGCUGCACUGCUGGGAGGACAGCAGCAGGAGCUGGAUCUACAACUAAAACUCCACCUGUGCUGAGUGAACGCCGUCCUCUUGAUCAACCAAAGCGUUGUACAAGACGGAUCCCAUUGUACCUCACAUAAAUAUUAUUCGGCUUUAGCAGCUUGUAGAAACUGAAUCUUUUAUAAUAACCUUAUUUUUUAUUGACUAUUUUUCUAAGGUGAAUGGCUUUAUAAAGCAAUCGUGCACUAAGUGAGCAAUGCUUUGAUCUGCUUCUGUUACCGUUUUCUUUGUUUUGUCCAAAACACACAUUUUAAAUAUUGUGGUGGUGGUGAAGUCCAUAGAGACUUGUACUUGAACCGGAAGGUCACCAGUUCAAGUCCCCAAAAGAUCAAGUGCUACCGAGGUGUCCCUGAGCAAAAAUGUACAUUUCCCCCUGUGGGACGAUUACGGAUUCCUUUCUUUUUCUAACUUGUGUUUACAUUUCUUGAGCAAUAAGCCAUGAAUGUGGAGAAAUGCAAUGUCUUGUGUCAUAAUGUUCAUUAUGGGAUAACGCAUCAGGGAAUAUCAAGUAAAUGGCUGCACUUAAAUCCACACUGAAGGUUAAUUUAUUUUGAAAAUACAGGAGAUUUUAUCCGUGAGUGUACAGAUGAUAUGCAAAGUAUUUAUUGUUCAAAUCAUCAACUGGCUUAAAAAACGGGAUUCCAUUUAAAGUUAUAAAUGAGCUAUUGUGGUUCUCUGGUAAUGGUUCUUGCAAUAAAAAUCCCAACCCCACGGGAGGAAUUACCUAAUGCAAUUAAUGCCUUCCUUCACAGGUAAUUUAGUUUCCUGUAUUUUCUUAACUGAGGCUCUGUAGGGGCGGGACUACUUGAAUGUUACAAGUUUUAAAAUAAGAUGCUGAACAGCUUGUGAGGAGCUUUAUUUUUGAAUUCAUGUCAAGUUAAGUUUCCAAAUAAAAAAAACAAAAACCUGUUCUAUGAAGUUCUCCAAAA